GUAGAGUUUCAGAGCUCAUUAAAGACCUGCGUGUGAUGCAGACAAACGAAGGCAAAAGGUGUCGGCAGGACAUUACAAACCUGCAGCUUAGCUCCCAGUCUUUCACAUCUCGAUGAUGAUUCCAGAAAAGAAUGAUGCUGCUUCAGGUCUGAUGCCGUUCUGAGCUUUGAAGCUUCUGUUGACGCCACAAAGAAAAGAAAAGUUCAAGAGAGAAGAGUGCAGGAUGACAACUGACUGCUAACCGUGCAGGAAGAGGAAACAUGGCAGUCCACAGUCCAGUUAAUGGGACCACAGCCAUCCCAUGGAGGGGCAGCAGGAAGAAACUGUCGCUGCUGGAGCAGCUGAGGGGGUGUCAGGAGGCCUGGAGUCCAGUGGAAGAGUGGGACAGAGAAAGAGCUCAUGCCGCCAUCUUUGGGACUCCUGCUGGGAGUUUCCUUGUGCUACGUGAAGCACCAACGUCCCGUCUUCUCUGCGUGUCUGCUGGAGCUCAAACUGAAGACCUUCUUUUCUACCAGAUCAGGUGCACAGAAACAGCCUUCCAGGUCUCUGGGUCUCGACUGUCUUUCCCAGAUUUGGCUCAGCUGGUUCUUUUCUACUCUCUGAGCAGAGAUGUUCUGGAUGUUUGUCUGUUCAUUCCUGGAUGGAUCCACAACCUAACUGACAAGAACAAAGGUCCUUCCUGUCAGCUUGACCCCAACACUUGGCUCUCUACACCGCCUGAAUACGAGUCCCAGAAAACAACCAGAAUGGAGCCGAGCAGCGUCAUGUGCUCCAUACAGCUGACCUCCACCAACGGGGCACUGUGCAUCAUUAACCCCCUGUACCUCCAUGAGCACGGAGACGACUGGCUUACCCAAAAAGCUCUCCAACCUUCAACUUACAAGCGGCCGCGGCGCUUCAGCAGCACGCGGGUGUGGUCAGGGGCGGGGUUACAAAGUCAGCGUGCCAUCUCGUUAGAUCAGGAUAUCUUUGCUGGCGGCACAGAGAUCUCAGCUCUAUCUCGAGCAAGGUCGGCCGACUCCCCUUUCGUUCUAGAAACAUCAGCAGAGGUGAUCCUCCGGAGGCCCAGUCGGGACCUUGCCUACAGCACCGGGAACCUGUCCAGUCCCUCCACUCUUGGAAGCACCACUCCAGAGUCUCAGCGACACAGCAGCCCCCUGCCUCAGUCUCCUCACAGGGUCUCCUGGAUCCAGGAUGGAUUUUGGCUGCCUCCUCCCAGGCCCUCCUCCUUGCUGCAGCCCCCAUCAUUGGAGCUGGACUCACUGUCAAUCAGCAGCAUCGAGGAGGAGGCAGAGUCUCCGCUGCCAAGCCCCGCUCCCCACUCCCCCUCACACCACCGUUUGGCCGACAAAGUCAUGCACCGCCUGUCAGCCGUGGGCCAGGUACUGGGGGGGUUGGUGUGCCAGAAGAAAAGGCUGAUCAAUCGCGUCAAAGAGCUAAGCGAGAAGAAAAGCGGCGUGUUUGCAGACGCUGUGAAGGCGUUUGUUGAUACGGCACUGAAGGGAGGGACCAAUCCAAGCGGGGUGACAGAGUUCUUACAAGAAGUGAGGUCAUCUCUCACGUCACUAAGGGAGACACUACUGGACCAUCCUGACAUCCAAGCUCUGCUGGACAGCAUUACUGACGUCAAUGACUCUGAGAUCGACUCCUUCAUUGAAGUUUCUCUUCACAAAGUGGCUCUCAAACCCAUCUCUGCACACCUGUACAGCUGCAUCCUCAGUUUCCGGACCAACGAUGGCACUCUGGAGUGUCUUCAGAGCAACCUGCGAGUGCUGGAGAAGAAAGGCAUUGAGGGCUUAGGGGGAUCUGCAGGAGUUGGGGUUCCUGAUUCUGUUACUAUGGAGCGCAUCCAGCAAAGGUGGAUGAGCAUGCAUGAGGCUUACUCCCCAAACAAGAAAAUCCAGAUUCUUCUUAAAGUCUGCAAAAGCAUUUACCACAGCAUGAGUGUCAACGGCAGCUCAGGAGCAGUGUUUGGAGCAGAUGACUUCUUGCCCUGCUUGACGUGGGUGCUGCUCCGCAGUAGUUUGACCACCUUACAAGUAGACACAGACUACAUGAUGGAGCUGCUGGAUCCAACUCAGCUGCAGGGAGAGGGUGGAUACUACCUUACUACUCUGUACGCCUCUCUCUUCUACAUCAGCAGCUUCCAGCCUCGACUGGCUGCUCGCCAACUCAGCGUGGAGGCUCAAAAGUCCAUAAACCAAUGGCAUCGCAGGCGCACACUGCACUGCAACCAAUCCCGCCGCAGCAAGAACCGCAGGACCAUUCGCAGGCAAAGCGGCAAAAACGUUGAUGCAGAAACUGAGAAAAAAGAGGAACAUGGCAGAGAAGAUGGUCAAAACGACGGUGUUGAGGCGCAGCAGCAGCAGGUGGAGGGCAGCACGGAGGUCAUGCAGACGCUGUCGGAGAAGAAACCAGAAAUUAGUGACCUGGAGACAGACGCAGCAUCUCAGUCUCACCACGCCGCUCAGCAAGAUGUGGAACCAUGCAAACAGGAAGAACAUCUCUGUCCAGCAGAGCACAAAAAACAUGAACAAGCGAUCUGAGAGUUUCCUGUCUCCAAUUUUGAUGUCACAGACAGACCAGGUUCCUCUGAAAGGUACCUGAAAAGAUUUUAUGGCUUAAAAGUGAGUCUCGGGUCUAAGAAAUGUGUAAAAACUGUUUAGAUUUUAAACAGUUUAAAUGAAAUUUACCUCAAAAGAUAAAAAUAUAUGUCAAAUAGUUAUUUCGUAAGGUUUAGUUUACACAAAGUUCAAAUGUAUUUAUAUAGCAUUCAGCAGAUGCUUUUUUGACAUAUAGAGAGGGGGGGGGGGGGGGUCUUUUAAACAUGGCCUGGGAGCUGCAGCCUCUGUGCUUUUUAAAAAAUAGCAUAAAUAUUUCAGCGAUCACAUUGAUCACUAUAAAGUUGCCUGUUAUUGGCUGUCUGUCAACGCAUAUUAGAAAGCUUUAGUUUCAUUCUUUAUUUUUUAAGCUUUUCAGAGGAGGGCGGAGUAUUGUACUGCUAGUAUUUUUUGGUACUGGUUUCUUAGAUACAGGACAAUUGUAUUUAAUGUGUAAAUGUAUUCAUAUAUUGAAAGUAAAGUAAAAACACUGCUUAUA